AUGCGCUUGUUCAAGAAUUCCCUCACGAACAUCACAAAGAGACGGUACGCGAAGGUGCACGACGUACAGAUCAAGUUUGUUCAAGAGAAGGAAGCUCAGACCACCAUGGAGAAAAACGUCCACAACCAACCCCUUACCCUCCAUUCCACGCGGCCCCUCACCGGCUUCCUCCGUACAGGCUACUGCGAAGCGCCGCGCUCAGAUACAGGCAACCACUCUGUGGCCGGCAUCAUGACCAACGAGUUCCUGGAUUUCUCCGCUGCCAGGGGGAAUGAUCUGAGGCAGGCGGGGCUGAGCGACGGGUGUAAGUGGUGUCUUUGUGUGGCUCGAUGGAAGGAGGCGUUUGAUGCGAGGAGUGGGGAUAAUGAUAGGAAGGUGCCGAAGGUGGUGCUGAGUGCGACGAACAAGAGGGCGUUGGAAGGGGCGACGAUGGAGGAGUUGAGGAAGUUUGCUGCGGAGGAGAAGAAUUAG